AUGCCGCCGUUGCAGGCUGCUUCCGUGGCGGAGACAGCCAUGCCGCUGAAGUGCCAGGGCCUCGACUUGUCCGACUGGGAGGACGAUGACCUCCCCUCGCUGCCGAGCUACUCAGAGAAUAGCCGGAGCCUGGACAUCCUGGCAGGGGUGCGCCAGACAACGUUCCCCGGGGUGGAGAACUGUGACGAUCUGUUGGUGCUGGAGUGCUGA